AUGCUCCGCUCCGCGUUGAAACACAUGCAGCCUUCGGAAGCCCUGGCCAACGUCUGCGGAUACGACUGGGAGUUUUGCCUCAUCAGCAGCUUGUGUCUGGGAAGUCUCUUCAUGAUGCCGUCGUUGCACUUGGCCUUACGAGAUAUGGACAUGAACGAGCUCGUGAAUGCCCUGGCAUCCUACAUUGGGCUGUACUUCAAGGAAGCCAUGCACCCGUUGAUGUACAUUGAGCCCUUCGUGACUCGAUUCCGAUCUCGUAGGGCCUCGGUAGCUUUGAUGAUUCUGGCGAAUGGGAUCAUGAUAGGCUUUCAGACCGAUCCCAACUACCAGGGCUGGGAGGGAUGGAUCUACCUUGAGACCGCCUUCGCUGUCCUCCUCGUCCUAGAGAUUUUGUUUCGAAUACAUUUUCUGCGGUGUCACACAUAUUGGUGUGGCCCGGAGAGAUAUUGGAAUUGGUUUGACCUCUUCCUGGCAGUGACUUCAGGAACCGACUUGAUGCUGCAGAUUGUUGCGCAGCAAGCCAGUGACAUCGCUGGGACCAGUCUCCUGAGAUUCACGAGGCUGAUUCGGCUGGCGAGAAUUGUCAAAGUCUUCCGCUUAAAGAUCAUGAAAGAUUUGCGCCUCAUGGUCAAAGGAUGGAUUGCAGGGCUACGAACUCUCGUCCUCGCAUUCACUUUAUUGUUCGCCGUCCUCUACGUCAUCUCUGGCUUCGCCACCAUGGCCCUUAACGGGCAGCUCGAAGUCGAUGGAGAUCUUUGGCCUCACUUCCGAACGAUUCCUGCCUCGAUGUUUACCGCCUUCAGAUGCUUCACGGGCGAGUGUGUCAGCAGCCAAGGACAUCCCAUGACCGACGCUCUCGCGACCAAGUUCGGGUUGACCUUUAUAAUCCCUUAUGUUGCAAGCUAUAUGCUGGUCACCAUGGGCAUCUUCAACGUGAUUUUGGCUGUCUACGUGGAUAUAACCAUGAGGGCUGCAAAAGAGAAUGACGUUAACAGCGCAGAGCAAUAUGCUCGUGAGUCCAUUCGGGUGGCUCGGUGCGCUCGCGAACUUCUCAAGAGGUUCGCUACUGCGUACCGGGAACUCAGCGACGCUGAUCAUGGACCGUCGGCCGUGCAAAUGAUGUCCUCCAUGGAGUAUACCUCCAACCGAGCCGGGGUAUUCACGGACGAUGAUGUUCAUGAUCAAAUCGAGAUUUCGAAGGAGCUUUUUCUCGUUGUCAUUCAAGAUAGAGGUGUGCAGCAGCUCAUGGAUGAGCUUGAUCUACCACCAGACCGGGCCAACAUGUUCGAAGUCAUCGAUGCCGAUGGGAACGGCACCCUCCAUGUUCAAGAGCUGGUCCAGGGCAUGUUGAAAAUCCGCGGCGACCUCACCAAGAGUGACACAGUGGCCGCAUUGCUGGCCACGAAGGCGCUCCAAAGCACAGUGGUACAAAUCAAGCGGGAUCUUGCACAGACUUUCGAGCGCUUUUACACCUUUCCAUCUAGGAGCUUUGAGCACCAUUCCGAUGUGGGAGUGGAUGUGGAAGCUGAGCCAAGAGCUUCCAGCAAAGCUCAUUUUCCCUUGUCGCCUUUACCUGUCCAGCCGGCAAAGCCACCGGACAUCACGGAAGAAGGUGACAAUGAUCCUGAUGUUUUGCGACGUUGA